AUAGGCUGGGAAUCGGACGUGCGGCCGUCGAUCUUGAUGCGAAACCAUCGCAGCGGUACGACAAAUAUUAUUUCUACCACUCCACCUCCUCACAUCGUAUCCGAUUGCUGCGACCGCAACGAGAGGCAUUAACUAAACCGAAAUAAAACGCCAAUAAAAUCCAGCUAAUUAAUGUGAUAAUUGUGCACAAUAAAAAAAAAUGCUCGAAAUCGAAACACUAAGCACGAUGAGGAACGAAUUGGUAUACUUGGUACUUGCCGUUGAGAACUUCCAGUGCCCGAGAUUACAGCAAUUACAGCCGUCAAGAUCCAUCGAUAAACCUUUAAUCCCAAAGGUCAGCCUGCGUUAUCAGUCCGCCAUUUUCCCAUCAUUCCUGGCCCUUGGGAUUGUGCUAACGAUCUGCCUCGGAUCAGUUCUCGGUGCUCCCCAAUCCUCCUGUAUCAUGUGCAAGGAGGAGGACCUGCGACCUCGCGUUCCACCGUAUAGCGAGAGCUUCGAGGAGUACACCUUCGACCACCAGGUGACCCAGCAGGCGGCCAUGCAAUUCAUUUUGAAACUCAAUGGGACAAGAGGUCAGAACAAUGCCUGCAGUUCGAUCACAUGCCCACCGAACACCUCCAAAUACUGCCUAGGAAUUCAGUUCAUCAAAGAUCAUUGCUGGUGUGAACUGCAACAUCGAGAAGAGGGUCUGCCCUAUGUGCCUCAUACUUGCUUUGCGGACCAGAAGGUACACACAUCCUCCGUGGACUCCUGCUUCACAUUUGUGCAGGUCAAGGAGUGCUGUUGCGCUGAGAUCUGGUUUAAAAAGUGGCAACACAUUUCCGGCAGCUCUCGAAGCCAGCACAUACCAAAAACAUUAAUACUCAUGCUUUCUAUGUUCAGUGUGCUCCAUUGGAUGAGUAGAAGAAGGAUAUUCUGUUAAAGUUGAGACGAUGAAGAUCGAAGUCAUCGUGUAAAAAAAAGUUGUACAACAUAGUCAUAGCAAAGUAGGAUCUAGAUGUAAAAGCAUUCGAAUAAGUGUACUUAGUUCAAACAAUGUCCAAUGGUAAUCAAACCUACUUGCUAAGCAUAUAUUUAAGCGUUAAUAAAUACAAGUUUAUAAAGCUAA